AUGUCCGCUGCCGUUGUUGGAGUCGGUUUAAUCUACUCUGCCUUAGUCUUGAACUUCUAUUUCGAAUCCGGAGGCUAUAUCAAGUUCUACACACCCUCUUAUUCUUUGUGGAAGACAACUCCUGUUUUGUUCCUCUCAAUUGUCUCUGCUGUUUAUAGUCGUAUAGCCGGAAACGCCACUUUCAUCAAAGUUGCAGCUGGACUGCUGUUCGGUGCGAUUGGCGACUACCUAAUUGGAUUAAGCGAAGAUGGCAUAGUCACUGGGGCUAUUGCCUUUGGCAUUGGUCACAUUUUCUACCUCUUGUGUUUCUACAAAAACUUCCAAAUCAAUGUGCCCUUUGCUCUCAUAAUGACCAUUUGGGGAGGAUUCGCAAGUUAUGCCACGCUUGUUCCAAUGCUCUCUCAACAUCCAAUUCCUGUUUUCAUCCUUUCCAUAUAUUCAAUACUGCUCAUGUUUAAUGUAUGUUUGGCUGUUUCACAGCAUCUGAACAGACCUACAACUACAUUCGACUCGGCUGUAUCCAAACGUGCUCUCGGUUUCUUCCUCUUCUUUAUCUCCGACAGUCUAUUGAUCUUCCAUCACACCGGUUUCAAAAUCCCUUAUGCCGAAUGUUUGAUCCUCAACUCGUACUUUGCUGCUCAAUUUUUCAUUUUCCAAUCGUUCGUAGUGUCUGAAUUGAAAUCUAAGAAGAAAAUCAAUUGA